AUGGCGGGGCCGCGGGGAGUGGGCGAGAUCGGAAGUGGGCGGGGGCGAGGGCAAGGUUCCGGGGGGGUGGCGAGGGGGAAGGCGGGCGGCCCGGAGGCCCCGUCAGGCGGCCCCGGCCCAUGCGGCGGCCGCCUGGAAGAGAGACAUGACUUGCUGGAUCGUGAAGAGGAAAUUGUCGAGUGUUGUGUAGCAGGAGAUGCAGUCAAGGCAGGCCAAGUGGCUUCCGGGCCAAGUAUGGUACGGCUGUGCUGCAGCAGCGAGCUGGCAACUACUAGCCAAUCUCUAAAUGAUGAUCUUUACUCUCCUUGUAAUAUAAUGUUCUUGGGUGCUACUUUCAACAAUGCACUUUCUUUAGCAGGGCCAAGAGGCACUAAGAGACCUUUAACAAAGAGCAAAGUUUGCAUGUACUUUGUGCAUGUACGGACGGAAUGGAGACCCGACUUACGGCUUGCUUUUGAGGAACGAGUCCAGAGAUUUAGCGAUAGCGGGCAUGCGCAGAAUGCUGCCUUCUGGAAUAUAUAUCAUCACAAGCCCGCGUUCGGUAAAACCCCAGAGUCGCUCUCAAAAGCAAGCGGUGUUGGUUUACACCACGAAGUAUACAGAAAGGUUUACACUACAAUUGACGGCAAUCGUCAUUUGUUCCGAUUAGUUCGAGAGAGCAUCUGGAGAAGUUCACGCGAGUUGAAGCUGGUGGAGGUUGAAGUGGUGUGUAUUCAACGAAACUAA